UCAACUAUUCAAGUCUCACCUUCUGACUCCUGACACCAACGCCCAAACAGACGGAGACCCACGACCAACGGCCACCGGACACCGGAUCUCCGUUCAAGCAACCUCCAUUAAGGUUUUGAAGGUUGGGAUUCCAUAUCUCUGUACAAAGACAACUCCAAUUCCAAUUCCAAUUCCAAUUCCAAUUCCAAUUCCAAAAUGGGGAGAUUAAAACUACAACCCGGGAUCAAAUCUAUCGAAGAAGAACCCGAAGAAUUCGAAUCCACAAUCUCAGAAAAAGACAAAGCAGCUUUAGGAUGCAUGAUCAACACAGAAAUAGGCGCUGUUUUAGCAGUGAUGAGAAGAAACGUAAGAUGGGGAGGCAGAUACAUGUCAGGAGAUGACCAAUUAGAACACUCCCUCAUCCAAUCUCUCAAAUCCCUCCGCAGACAAAUCUUCUCAUAUCAACACGCAUGGCACACAGUCAACCCCACAGUCUACCUCCAACCCUUUCUUGAUGUAAUCCGCUCAGACGAAACCGGAGCUCCAAUCACAGGUGUCGCCUUGUCAUCACUCUACAAGAUCCUCACACUCGAUGUUCUUGAUCUCAACACUGUGAAUGUUGAAGAUGCCAUGCAUUUGGUGGUUGAUGCUGUGACUAGUUGUAGGUUUGAGGUCACUGAUCCGGCUUCUGAAGAGGUUGUGCUUAUGAAGAUUUUGCAGGUUUUGCUUGCGUGUAUGAAGAGUAAAGCUUCGGUUAUGUUGAGUAAUCAACAUGUUUGUACUAUUGUCAACACGUGUUUUCGUGUUGUGCAUCAAGCGGGGUCCAAAGGGGAGUUGUUGCAGAGAAUGGCGCGUUACACUAUGCAUGAACUUGUGAGGUGUAUCUUUUCACAUCUUCCGGAUGUUGGGAAUUCGGAAAACGCGUAUUUUAAUGGAAACAACAUUGAUAAACAAGAGGUGAGUGGGAUUCCUGCUGAUUACACUUUCGGGGCCAAACAAAUGGAAAACGGUAAUUCCAAUUCCAAUUCCGAACUUGACUCUCAUUCAUCUGUUCCCGGAAUGGAUGAAAACAUAGUGGUUCCCGGAAACGGAAAAGACACAGUUCCAUACGAUCUAAACCUAAUGACAGAGCCAUACGGGGUCCCAUGCAUGGUGGAAAUCUUCCAUUUCUUAUGUUCAUUACUAAACGUAGUCGAACACAUGGCAAUCGGUCCACGCGCCAACACAAUCUCAUUCGAUGAAGACGUCCCUCUUUUCGCCUUAUCUUUAAUCAACUCCGCCAUCGAACUUGGCGGCAACGCCAUCAGCCGCCACCCCCGCCUCCUCUCCUUAAUCCAAGACGAACUCUUCCGCAACCUAAUGCAAUUCGGCCUCUCAACAAGCCCUCUAAUCCUCUCCAUGAUUUGCAGCAUUGUCUUAAACCUAUACCACCAUUUAAGAACCGAGUUGAAGCUCCAACUUGAAGCAUUCUUUUCGUGUGUGAUUCUUCGACUCGCACAGAGUAAAUACGGAGCUUCUUAUCAACAACAAGAGGUAGCCAUGGAGGCUCUUGUUGACUUUUGUAGACUGAAAUCUUUCAUGGUGGAAAUGUAUGCGAAUCUAGACUGUGAUAUAACAUGCAGUAAUAUCUUUGAAGAUCUUGCGAGUUUGUUGUCUAAAUCAGCAUUCCCGGUGAAUUGCCCGUUAUCUGCUAUGCAUAUCCUCGCGUUAGACGGUUUAAUCGCGGUCAUCCAAGGAAUGGCGGAGAGGAUAAGUAAUGCCCCGGUAAAUUACGAAUUUACCCCUGUUUGUCUCGAAGAGUAUACGCCCUUUUGGAUGGUGAAAUGUGAGAACUAUAAUGAUCCGGAACAUUGGGUCCCGUUUGUUAGAAGGAGAAAAUAUAUAAAAAAGAGGUUAAUGAUUGGAGCGGAUCAUUUCAACCGGGACCCGAAAAAAGGGUUGGAGUUUCUUCAAGGGACACAUUUGUUACCCGACAAACUGGACCCACAAAGUGUGGCGUGUUUUUUUAGAUAUACAGCGGGUUUGGAUAAGAAUCUUGUUGGGGACUUUUUGGGGAAUCAUGAUGAGUUUUGUGUUCAGGUUCUUCAUGAGUUUGCGGGUACUUUUGAUUUUCAAGAUAUGAAUCUUGACACCGCGUUAAGAUUGUUUCUAGAAACAUUUAGGCUUCCGGGAGAAUCUCAAAAGAUCCAGAGAGUUCUAGAAGCGUUUUCCGAGAGAUAUUACGAGCAGUCGCCCCUGAUUCUUGCUAACAAAGAUGCUGCUCUUUUGUUGUCGUAUUCUUUGAUCAUGUUGAAUACAGAUCAACAUAACGUUCAAGUUAAGAAAAAGAUGACUGAAGAUGAUUUCAUAAAAAAUAAUCGUCACAUUAAUGGUGGAAACGAUCUCCCACGAGACUUUUUAUGCGAGCUUUACGAUUCAAUUUGUAAAAACGAGAUACGAACGAUUCCGGAUCAAAGUGCGGCUUUUCCUGAAAUGAAUCCUAGCCGUUGGAUCGAUCUGAUGCAUAAAUCAAAGAAAACCGCACCUUUCAUUUUGUCUGAUUCGAGGAGCCAUCUGGAUCGGGACAUGUUUGCGGUUAUGUCGGGGCCCACAAUUGCUGCCAUCUCUGUGGUGUUUGAUCAUGCUGAGGUGGAAGAUGUGUUUCAGACGUGUAUUGAUGGGUUUUUGGCUGUUGCUAAAAUAUCAGCGUGUCAUCAUUUAGAAGAUGUUUUGGAUGAUUUGGUUGUUUCUUUGUGCAAGUUUACUACUCUUUUGAACCCUUCGUCCGCUGAAGAACCGGUUUUAGCAUUUGGUGAUGAUGCGAAAGCUAGGAUGGCAACUAUAACAGUUUUCACCAUCGCCAACAGGUAUGGAGACUUCAUACGGGCGGGAUGGAGGAACAUCCUGGAUUGCAUAUUAAAACUCCACAAACUCGGGCUUCUCCCAGCCCGAGUCGCGAGCGAUGCAGCGGAUGACUCGGAACUCUCAUCCGAACCGGGCCACGGAAAGCCCUUAACAAACUCGUUAUCCUCAUCCCACAUGCCAUCAAUCGGGACCCCAAGGCGCUCAUCCGGGCUUAUGGGCCGCUUCAGUCAACUUCUCUCACUCGACACAGAAGAACCCCGUCUCCAACCCACCGAACAACAACUCGCAGCCCAUCAACGCACCCUCCAAACAAUCCAAAAAUGUCACAUCGAUAGCAUCUUCACCGAAAGCAAAUUCCUCCAAUCCGAUUCCUUACUCCACCUCGCACGCGCCCUCAUUUGGGCCGCCGGCCGCCCCCAAAAGGGCAACAACUCCCCCGAAGACGAAGACACCGCCGUCUUCUGCCUCGAGCUCCUCAUCGCCAUCACGCUAAACAACAGGGACAGAAUCGUAAUUUUAUGGCAGUGGGUUUACGAACAUAUCGCCGGUAUCGUCCAAACAACCGUCAUGCCGUGCGCGUUAGUCGAAAAAGCCGUUUUUGGGCUCUUGAGAAUUUGUCAACGGCUUUUGCCUUAUAAGGAGAAUUUAGCCGAUGAUUUGUUGCGUUCGCUUCAACUUGUUUUGAAACUCGACGCACGUGUGGCGGAUGCGUAUUGCGAGCAGAUAACGCAGGAGGUGAGUCGGUUGGUGAAGGCGAAUGCGAAUCAUAUCCGGUCGCAAAUGGGGUGGAGGACGAUUACGUCAUUACUCUCGAUAACCGCGCGUCAUCCGGAAGCUUCCGAGGUCGGAUUCGACGCGCUUCUUUUUAUAAUGUCCGACGGGGUGAACCUCAUCCCGGCGAAUUUCAUAACGUGCGUCGACGCGGCUCGGCAGUUUGCCGAGUCGCGCGUCGCACACGCGGACCGGUCGGUCCGCGCGUUAGACCUCAUGUCUGGGUCGAUCGCGUGUCUGACCCAAUGGGCCCACGAGGCCCAAGAAGCAAUGGGGGAGACGGAUUCGGCGAAAACGUGUCAAGAUAUCGGUGAUAUGUGGUUGAGACUCGUGCAAAGUUUGAGGAAAGUUUGUUUGGAUCAAAGGGAGGAAGUGAGGAACCAUGCGUUGACCGCUUUAGAAAUGUGUUUGACCGGGGUUGACCGGGUCAACAUCCAACCCGGGGUUUGGUUACAGUGUUUUGACAUGGUGAUUUUCACGGUGCUGGAUGAUCUAUUGGAAAUAUCUCAAGGGCAUUCGCAGAAAGACUUUAGGAACAUGGAGGGAACCCUAGUUUUGGGUUUGAAGCUUCUUUCGAAAGUGUUUUUACAAAUGCUUCCGGAACUUUCACAGGUGACGACUUUUUGUAAACUUUGGUUGGGUGUUCUUAGUCGGAUGGAAAAAUAUUUAAAAGUUAAAGUGAGAGGUAAAAAAAACGAAAAGCUUCAAGAAUUAGUCCCUGAGCUUUUGAAGAACACUUUGAUUGUUAUGAAGAACAAAGGGGUGUUGGCACAAAGAAGCGCGCUAGGUGGCGAUAGCUUAUGGGAGCUGACGUGGCUUCAUGUCAAUAAUAUUGCGCCGUUGAUUCAAUCGCAAGUUUUCCCGGAUGAAAAUGGAACUGGGACGGAAGAAAGUGGAUGAUAUGUUACGUGUCAGUUCAGGACCACAGUUUGAGUUUUGGACUGUUUUGUCUGUAGUAGUGUAAAUUUUGUUAGGUUUAGUGGGAUGUUGAUUGAUGUUUGGAAAUGGGUGAAGGUCGGGAAGGAGAUUGAGGUUUGGAGUGAUGGUGUUUAUGUCGGCGGUUAAUUGUGAUAAAUGACGGCAGUAAAAACUGGAAUUUUACAAUGUAAAGAAUGUGUUUUACAACGUGAUUCGUGAAUGAAUGUGGGAUGUUUGUUACUUGUUAGUGCAGUUAUUGCUUACUAAUUUG